ACACUUUUUAUAUUGCACAUUUAAAAAAGUAGAUAAUAUUAUAAAAAUCAAUAUUUUCUCUGAAAAUAGUCCGAAUAUUAUAGCGAUGCAAUAGGUAGAUAAAGUUUAUCAACCUGCAGUAAUCUUCCACACGCAAAAGUCCAAUGUGAUGCUAUGCUACAAAGUCGAAAUAUACGUUGCGUAUCGGAUCGAAAGGUCAUGCGCUGUCUCUUAACGAUAGUGAUAGGAAUUUGGUAUAAAAGGCCUCUGAUGAACAUUGGUUGGUAUGCACUUGACUUGCCUCACAAUGCGGUUAAGCAUCGUGUUCUUGGCGCUAUUCGCCGUUGCGACGGCUAUACCCACAACUCCACAACUCCAUGCUGCUGACCAGGUUAUCCUAAAGAAACAGCAAGAUGUGCUUCACCUGCUGGAGAACAUCGCAGGACAACUACCGCAUGAGCACCUCUACGAAGUUGGAAUGAACUAUGAAUUCUCAGCCCAUCUGGACCACUAUGAGAACCCAACUGUUGUCAAGUACUAUGUCGGUCUUGUCAAGACCGGUCACGUACAACCACAGGGAACUCCAUUCUCACUGUCGGUGAGUCAACUUCGCAAGGAAGUUGCUCUCUUGGUUCAGAUCCUCCUCGGUGCCAAGGACUAUGAAACUUUCCUGCAUACCGCUGCCUGGGCUCGCGUUCAUGUUAAUCAGGACCAAUUCGUCAAGGCUUUUGUCAGUGCUGUUAUCCAACGUCAUGACAUGCACGGUGUCGUUCUGCCACCUGUUUACGAGAUCUUUCCGCACUACUUCUUCGAUACCAGGAUAAUUCAAAAAGUGUACGACAUGAUUCAUCGUUCUGGAUACGACUACCAAAAGAUCGAACACGAGCCUUACUAUCACAUCCACGUUAACUACACUUCAUAUUUACCUUUCGGUGAAAAUCAAAUUGCUUAUUUCACCGAAGAUAUCGGUCUCAACGCUUACUACUCCUACGUGAUGUUAGCUAGCUACAUUCUCCCCAUGAACUCUCACGUUCAUGAAGAGGAAGGCCAUCACCACAAGAUCGGUCACGGUCACCACUACUACUACAUACACCAGCAGUUGAUGGCCCGUUACAACCUUGAGCGUCUUGGACAGGGUCUCCAACCCAUCAAAGAACUCGACUACUACUACGAGCACAUUGAAACUCCAUACAAACCCAACCUUCGCUAUUUGAACAGUGUCAACCUACCGGGCCGUGAUGAGCAUAUUUACAUCACUCCACAUCAUCAUAACUAUGAGCUCGUCAAGAUCAUCCGCACCUUGGAGCGUAGAAUUAUCGACGCCAUCGAUCUUGGACAUGUGGUCACACCUCAGGGUACAUUCUUAUCCCUGUACCAACCAGAAGGUCUCAAUAUUCUCGGUGAAUUGAUCGAGGGUACUGGUCACAGCAUCAACCCAAGGUUCUAUGGCCACUUUGCCGCUGUUGCCAAGCAACUCUACGGCAACGUGCCCGAAUUCAAUAACAUCUGGGAGUACCAGCCAUCGGCUCUUGAGCUCGGCUACACUUGCCUUCGUGACCCGAUCUUCUACCAACUCUACUCCAAAAUCCUCCAAUUUUUCCAAUAUUACCAGCAAGCUCUACCAGCUUACCAAUACAACGACCUCGUUGUACCGGGUGUGCAAAUUGAGAAAGUCGACGUUGGGGACCUUGUCACCUAUUUCAGUGACUACGAAGUUCUUCUUGACAAUGCUGUCCCUCAACCUGUUACAUAUCACCAGGAGAAACAGCCCUACCCACAUGUCAAAGCUCACCUGAAGAGGCUUGACCACAAACCUUAUGAAUACAUUAUCCACGUAAAUUCCGCGAAGGUUAUUCCAGGCGCCGUUGUUCGCGUCUAUGUAGGACCUAAAUAUAACUACGACGGUUUGCCAAUUGAUCUCAGCGAACACAGACACUAUUUCUACGAACUUGACCAAUUUGUUUACGACCUCAACGAGGGGCGCAAUGUCAUCGUCAGGAAUUCUCACCAGGCUACUGGACAGAGCUAUGACUGGCCAUCAAUCCUCCAAAUCAAAAACCACGUAGAUGCUGCUAUUCACUCACAACAUCCAUACAACAUGGUUUGGCCUCAACAAUUGUACGGUAUGCCAGCUAGGUUAGCUCUCCCCAAGGGAACCAAGGAUGGAUUCCCACUUCAAAUCUUCGUUGUCAUCACUGCCGGAGUUCAUCAUCAACCUGAGCACUACGGACCAGUUACCGAGGAAAUGUGGCAGACGUAUCAACCUCAACACUACCAAGUUAUAGACCAUGAAGAUUACGAACAAUUCACCAGACAACCAAUCGACAAGAUCCAUCGUAACUACCAAAUGGUAGACGUCAUCCCUGAGUACGAUGCUCAAAUCAUUACUGAAGGUAACUUCCACUGGGGCUACCUGUACAAGAAGUACCCUGGAAGCUAUUACUACCCACAUUGGCAACAAACCCAUUACAUGAAACAUCAUGGUGACCAGCAUUACCCAGAACAUCAUGUAGGAGAACACCACGUGUCUGAACACCACGUGCCAGAACACCAUUACCAAGAGCACCACGUACCUGAACAUCAGAUUGUAGGUCAACACUACCAAGGACAACAAGGCGUUGGUCAACACUACCCAGAACACCCAGAACACCAUGUUUACGGUGAGGAGUACAAAAUGAAGAAGCCAUACGUUUACCAACAGAAGCUUCAGCAACCAGAAGGUGGCAUGUACUACCAAACCAUGUACAAACAAGGCAUGUACCAAGGACACGGGUAUUCAGGAAGUGGACAUUACCCGGGAGUGACCGAGUACCACAGCACUUACCCAACCGGCAUGUACCCAACAUGGAAGGGACACGACGAAUACCUCCACCAAUACUACGAGAACAAGCCUAUCGGUGACGUAGUCGGCGGUGUUGUUUCUCUUGACAAUAAGCCACUCGGCUUCCCUCUCGACAGGCCUAUCGCCGACAGUGCCUUCUACGUUAAGAACAUAUACGUCAAGGAUGUAGUUGUCUACCAUCAGGAAGAGUACAUUCCAGAGUACUAAUUAGCCAUAAGAUCUUAUAAAUCGUAUCUUUCUUCAUGUUUUCUAAUGUUUCGUUUUUCUCUUUUUUAUUUGUGAAACG